AUGGACUCUACAGCAUCUUUCCAUAUGGCUCACCGCCGUAUUGCCAAUUUGUCUAUUGACACCAACGCAUUCAAUGGGCAGUCGGCUUUAAUCUCGCCCCCUGAGUCAGCCAACAGUAAUCGUCGUAGCUCUUACGACAUGAACUUCCAUCACACACCUUUGUCGACAUACCAUCCGAACACGCCAGUUCAUUACUCUGGUCAGGACGUCUACAACGUGUUGCCGUCCGACAAGAUGAAGAUUACCUUCAAUCAAUUUCCUCCGAGUCCUGUCGACUUCACCCAGAGUCAGCAGAACUAUACUACUGCCUGCAACUCGCCAGCAUGGAACUCGCCGAUGGCAUUUGGACAGAAGCCUGAAGUAGACACUUCGUUCUACCAGGAUAGCUCAGCAUUGUUGUCGACUGACCAGGACUGGAACAGCUCGACAAUGAGCUACCAUUCAAAUGUCGACUAUGCUCCUGAUCCGAACUCCCUGUUCAUGUUGCCAUCUCAGGACACCUCAGCGUCGUUCAUGACCGACGUUGAAUCGUCUCAUCACGAGGACCUUCCCAUCUGCAUCGCGCCUAGCCAGGCCGUGCAUCAAGCACCGAAUAUCAUCGAGUACGACAUGAGCAUAUCCGGCUGGGGCGGCUUGCACACCCCUGUGCAUGACAGCAACAUCUUGCACUCUUCCUCACCUCCAGAGUUUUCUCCCAUAACUCCUUCAACCCUUGACUGUUCGUUUGACUCCUCCUAUGUCAAGCCCGAGAUCUCUCCUUCCUCUUCUCUCUAUGGUCAUGCUUCCCGCUCGAGCUUAGGCAAGAAGGGUCGGAAGAUGUCAAAAGCUGACAAACGUCGCUCAAUUUGCAAGAGUGUCGCAGUCUCCAAUUCGAACACCUCGAUCACCGUCUUCACCGAUGAACAGUCGGAGAUCUUCCAUGGCCUCAAUGAAGAGGACAAGAAGACUUUCAGCGCGGGCAAGAAAAUGCACAAAUGCAAGACUUGCAACUCGAAGUUUGGUCGAUCGGAGCACUGCAAGAGGCACGAGACCACUCAUUCGGGAGAGUCAAAGUUCCACUGCUACUUGUGGGAUCACCGUCUCGACCCUGAAAACCCCAAGAGUCAGUGCACGGUCGGCAAGAACGGUGACGGUAAGCAGAACCGUGGCGACAACAAUCGUUCUCACCACUGGACGCACGUGAAAGCCUACCUCGUCCUCAACGAUGCCCUCGUCCGCGAACGCAGCAAGACUUCAAACGGCAAAGCCAAGUCCAGAGGCCGCAACUGGCCAGUCUCUCCCACCCAAUUCUUGACUUUGGUGCGCUCUCAAGACUCUCUCGAGCAACAAGAAAAGGUGCUCAGUUUUAUGAACGGAGAGUCUGGUAGAGACUUUGGCGUUCAUAUCCUUUGGGAUAAGGAAGGUUGUCCUGUUGUUCCUUGUUCGAUGAGUAUUGGGGCUGGGGCUUGUGGGAUGUGCAGAUCUAAGCAGGGGAAGAAGGAGAAGAAGUAG